AUGGUACUUCCCUUCUAUCCGACAGAGUCUGAAGCAAUUGGACAAAUUGGAGUGACGAUAGUUGUGGCUGGGAUGCUCGGAUCCGUCGUGGGAGGCUUUUUAUUGGAUAGAUUCAAAAAAUUCAAGCUGACCACUGUUCUUGACUACUUGUUUUCUUUCUUCGGUAUGCUCAGCUUCACAUUCACCCUAGACCUCGGCUCUAUUGCAGUGGUAUUUGUGAAUGCGUUCUUACUUGGGUUCUUCAUGACUGGUUACUUACCCAUUGGCUUUGAGUUUGCUGCGGAGAUUACUUUUCCUGCUGCA